AUGAACGCUGCUGUUCGCGCUGUAGUGCGCAUGGGAAUCUACGUAGGAGCCAAAGUAUAUUUCAUAUAUGAGGGCUACCAAGGUAUGGUAGAUGGAGGUGCUAAUAUUGUUGAAGCCUCGUGGGAAAGUGUCUCGAGCAUUCUACAGAUGGGAGGGACAAUCAUCGGCAGUGCCCGUUGCCAAUCAUUUCGUACUCGGGAAGGCCGUUUAAAAGCUGCUUGCAACUUGAUUCAUCUGGGAAUUACGAAUCUCUGUGUAAUUGGUGGGGAUGGAAGCUUAACAGGGGCCAAUAUCUUCCGGAAGGAAUGGAGCGGGCUGCUGGAAGAGCUGGCCAAGUCUGGCCAGAUUGACUCCGAUGCCGUGACGAAGCAUGCGUACCUCAACAUUGUGGGCAUGGUAGGCUCCAUUGACAAUGACUUCUGUGGGACAGACAUGACGAUAGGCACAGACUCAGCUCUGCACAGGAUCAUUGAAGUGGUUGAUGCCAUCAUGACCACGGCACAGAGCCACCAGAGGACCUUUGUUCUUGAGGUCAUGGGGAGACACUGUGGAUAUUUAGCCCUGGUUAGUGCAUUGGCUUGUGGUGCAGAUUGGGUGUUUCUUCCGGAAUCUCCGCCAGAAGAAGGCUGGGAAGAAAAUAUGUGCAUUAAACUAUCAGAGAACCGUGCUCGAAAGAAAAGGCUGAAUAUUAUCAUUGUAGCUGAAGGAGCAAUUGAUUGCCAAAAUAGACCUAUUACUUCUGAGAAAAUCAAAGAUGCCAGUCGCAUGGGGGUGGAGGCUGUCAUUGCCCUUCUUGAAGCAACCCCGAAGACCCCAGCCUGUGUGGUUUCCCUAAGCGGAAACCACGCCGUGCGCCUUCCGCUGGUGGAGUGUGUGCAGAUGACCCAGGAUGUGCAAAAGGCCAUGGAUGAAAGAAGAUUUAAAGAGGCUGUACAGCUUCGAGGAAGGAGCUUUGAAGGUAACCUGAACACCUACAAACGGCUUUCCAUCAAGCUUCCAGACUCACAGAUUAGCAACCAUAAUGUAGGAAUCAUAAAUGUGGGCGCCCCUGCAGCCGGGAUGAAUGCUGCCGUGCGCUCGGCUGUAAGGAUGGGCAUAGCUGACGGCCACAAAAUGCUCGCUGUCUACGAUGGCUUUGAUGGCUUUUACAAAGGCCAGGUAAAAGAAAUUGGCUGGACAGAUGUUGGAGGCUGGACUGGCCAAGGAGGAUCAAUUCUUGGGACAAAACGUAUUCUACCGGGAAAGUAUUUGGAGAAGAUUGCUGAACAGAUGCGUGUUCAUAAUAUCAACGCUCUAUUGAUAAUUGGUGGAUUUGAGGCCUAUCUGGGACUGCUGGAACUGUUAGCUGCCCGGGAGAAACACGAGGAGUUCUGUAUUCCUAUGAUCAUGGUUCCCGCUACUGUCUCCAACAAUGUACCAGGUUCAGAUUUCAGCAUUGGUGCAGACACUGCCCUGAACACAAUCACUGACACAUGUGACCGCCUCAAACAGUCAGCCAGUGGGACGAAGCGCCGCGUGUUCAUCAUUGAAACCAUGGGUGGCUACUGUGGUUACCUGGCCAACAUGGGGGGCCUUGCAGCCGGAGCCGAUGCAGCUUACAUUUUUGAAGAGCCAUUUGAUAUCAGAGAUCUACAGUCCAAUGUAGAGCAUCUGACAGAGAAAAUGAAGACCACCAUUCAGAGGGGUCUUGUGCUCAGAAAUGAGAACUGCAGUGAAAAUUAUACCACCGACUUCAUUUGCCAGCUUUAUUCAGAAGAAGGAAAAGGAGUGUUUGAUUGCAGGAAGAAUGUGCUGGGUCACAUGCAGCAGGGUGGAGCACCUUCUCCUUUUGAUAGAAACUUUGGAACAAAACUUUCUGCCAAAGCUAUGCAGUGGAUUACUACAAAACUGAAGGAAUCUCAGGGAACAGGAAAAAACUUUAUGACUGAUGAUUCAGUCUGUGUGCUGGGAAUAAGCAAAAGAAACCUUAUUUUUCAACCAGUUGCAGACUUAAAGAAGGACACAGAUUUUGAGCACAGAAUUCCCAAAGAACAGUGGUGGUUGAAGCUGCGGCCUGUAAUGAAAAUUUUGGCUAAGUACAAAGCAAGCUAUGAUGUUUCUGAGUCUGGCCAGCUUGAGCAUGUGCACCACCGUCCUCACGAGGAAUCUGCAGGGAUUUGA